AUGUUACUCUCCACAGCCAACUUCAGUUGCUUACAUUUUCAGUGGUGGAAGAGACCAUACAAAGUUGCUGCAUUGUGUCUGGGGCUGCUGUGUGUUCUCCUACUGGCAGGGAUCAUAGGCCUGGGUGUACACUAUAGAGACCAGCUACAGACCAGUUAUAGCACCCUGACUAAAGAUAGAGACCAGCUACAGAGGGAGACAAUCAGACUGAACAAGAAGCUCAAAGGGAGACCUUGUCACGAAGGAUGGAUAAAGUUCGAAACCAGCUGUUACUUUUUCUCAACUGUGAAUAAAACCUGGGAGGAGAGCAGAAUGGACUGUAUAAGGAGAGAAGCACAUCUUGUGAUCAUAAACAACAGAGAGGAACAGGUAUUUAUCAAUGGGUUAAACGGAGCAAAUAAACAAAUCUGGAUUGGUCUGACUGACACAUUUGCUGAGGGAACCUGGAAAUGGGUGGACGGCACACCACUGACUACCACGUAUUGGGGGGAUGGACAGCCUAAUAGCUGGAAAGAAACAGAGCAGGACUGUGGGGAGUUUGUACACCGUUCAACAGACCCAGGGGAUUGGAAUGACGAUGGGUGUUCCGUUGAACAAUACUGUGUCUGUGAGAAAUAGGAUUAUCAUAGAUACUCUCUCUGCACUGUCAUUCAUUUAAAGGACCUCUCUAUGUCCUAUGUUACUCCUUUUAGUCUUAUGUCUGAAGACAGAUGUUAUUUGGUGGAAUGGUACUAGAUGUGGGAGAAUGCCACACGCUGACAAACACACACACAUGUACAG